AUGGCCGAUUACGGUGGUCCGCCUCAGACGGAACCUCACGCGAUUCCGGAUUCGAUCUUGGAGGAAAAAUCGCGAAAAUGGAAGCAACUACAAGGAAAGCGAUAUUCUGAAAAAAAGAAGUUUGGAAUGGCUGAUACUCAAAAAGAAGAAAUGCCACCUGAGCACGUCAGAAAAGUUAUCAGAGACCAUGGAGACAUGACUUCUCGCAAAUAUCGCCACGACAAAAGAGUGUAUCUCGGAGCUUUGAAGUAUAUGCCACAUGCUGUGCUGAAACUUCUGGAAAAUAUGCCAAUGCCGUGGGAGCAAAUCCGUGAUGUAAAAGUGCUCUACCACAUCACUGGAGCUAUCACAUUUGUAAACGACAUUCCUCGGGUUAUUGAGCCGGUUUACAUGGCUCAAUGGGGAACAAUGUGGAUCAUGAUGAGAAGAGAAAAGCGUGAUCGUCGGCAUUUCAAACGAAUGCGGUUCCCUCCUUUCGACGAUGAAGAGCCUCCACUCGACUACGCCGACAAUAUUCUCGACGUGGAACCUUUGGAGCCUAUCCAAAUGGAACUUGAUCCAGAAGAAGACGGAGCUGUUGCUGAGUGGUUCUAUGAUCAUAAACCUCUUUCUACCACUCGUUUCGUUAAUGGACCGACAUACAGAAAAUGGGCAUUCAGUAUUCCUCAAAUGUCCACUCUCUACCGUCUUGCAAAUCAGUUGCUCACAGAUUUGGUGGAUGACAAUUACUUUUAUUUAUUCGACAUGAAAAGUUUUUUCACAGCAAAAGCUCUGAAUAUCGCUAUUCCUGGAGGACCAAAAUUCGAGCCGCUUGUCAAAGAUCUGCACACGGACGAAGACUGGAAUGAGUUCAACGACAUCAAUAAGGUUAUUAUUCGUGCUCCAAUUCGUACUGAAUACAGAAUCGCAUUCCCAUUCAUGUACAAUAACUUGAUUAGUUCACUGCCAGUUCAAGUGUCGUGGUAUCAUACACCUUCCGUUGUCUUUAUCAAAACCGAAGAUCCGGAUCUACCAGCAUUCUAUUAUGAUCCACUGAUCAAUCCGAUUGUGCUUAGUAAUCUCAAAGCUACCGAAGAAAUUCUGCCAGAAGGAGAGGAAGACGAUGCGUGGGAGCUUCCGGAAGACGUUCGACCAAUAUUUGAAGAUGUUCCACUGUAUUCUGAUAACACAGCCAACGGUUUGGCACUUCUCUGGGCUCCUCGUCCUUUCAAUUUACGGUCUGGUAGAACCAGGCGAGCUGUGGACGUUCCUUUGGUGAAGUCAUGGUACAGGGAACAUUGUCCUGCUGGCAUGCCAGUAAAAGUUCGUGUUUCCUAUCAAAAACUGCUUAAAGUCUUCGUUCUCAACGCCCUCAAGCAUCGUCCGCCGAAGCCACAAAAACGACGUUACUUGUUCCGUUCCUUCAAGGCCACGAAGUUUUUCCAAACCACAACGCUGGAUUGGGUUGAAGCGGGAUUACAAGUUCUUCGACAAGGAUACAAUAUGCUCAAUCUUCUCAUUCACCGAAAGAACCUCAACUAUCUGCAUCUUGACUAUAAUUUCAAUCUGAAACCGGUCAAAACACUGACAACAAAAGAAAGAAAGAAAUCUCGAUUCGGAAAUGCUUUCCAUUUAUGCAGAGAAAUCUUGCGUCUGACAAAGUUGGUAGUGGAUGCUCAUGUCCAAUAUCGUCUGAACAACGUGGAUGCAUACCAACUGGCUGAUGGACUUCAAUACAUUUUUGCUCACGUCGGCCAACUGACAGGAAUGUAUCGUUACAAGUACAAACUGAUGAGACAAGUGAGAAUGUGCAAAGAUCUCAAACAUUUGAUCUACUAUCGAUUCAAUACCGGACCGGUUGGAAAAGGACCAGGAUGUGGAUUCUGGGCGCCAGGAUGGAGAGUCUGGCUGUUCUUCCUUCGUGGAAUUACGCCGCUGUUGGAAAGAUGGCUGGGAAAUCUUCUUUCUCGACAGUUCGAAGGUAGACAUUCAAAGGGAGUUGCCAAGACCGUCACAAAACAGAGAGUUGAAUCUCAUUUCGAUCUUGAACUACGUGCCGCUGUCAUGCAUGAUAUUCUUGAUAUGAUGCCAGAUGGAAUCAAACAAAACAAAGCUCGUGUUAUUCUUCAACAUCUAUCAGAAGCGUGGCGUUGUUGGAAGGCCAACAUUCCUUGGAAGGUUCCUGGAUUACCAACUCCUGUCGAAAAUAUGAUUUUGCGUUAUGUGAAAGCGAAAGCCGACUGGUGGACGAAUUCUGCUCAUUACAACAGAGAGCGUGUUAGACGUGGUGCUACUGUGGACAAAACUGUGUGCAAGAAGAACUUGGGUCGAUUGACAAGAUUGUAUUUGAAAUCAGAACAAGAAAGGCAACACAACUAUCUCAAAGACGGACCAUACAUUUCUGCUGAAGAGGCUGUUGCUAUUUACACUACUACUGUACAUUGGCUGGAGUCAAGACGUUUCUCACCAAUUCCAUUCCCUCCUCUUUCAUACAAACACGACACAAAACUGCUUAUUUUGGCUUUGGAAAGGCUCAAAGAAAGCUACAGUGUGAAAAAUCGUUUGAAUCAGUCACAAAGAGAAGAAUUGGCAUUGAUUGAGCAAGCAUAUGAUAAUCCUCAUGAGGCGUUAUCACGUAUUAAGAGACACAUGCUCACACAACGUGCAUUCAAGGAAGUUGGGAUCGAGUUCAUGGAUCUAUACACUCAUCUUAUUCCUGUAUAUGAUAUUGAACCACUCGAGAAGGUUACAGAUGCGUACCUCGAUCAGUACCUUUGGUAUGAGGCCGAUAAGCGACGACUUUUCCCAUCGUGGGUAAAGCCGGGAGACACUGAACCGCCACCACUGCUUACGUACAAGUGGUGCCAAGGACUUAACAACCUACAAGAUGUUUGGGAGACCAGUGAAGGCGAAUGUAACGUAAUCAUGGAGACAAAAUUGGAGAAAAUUGCUGAAAAGAUGGAUUUGACACUUCUCAACAGAUUACUGAGAUUGAUCGUGGAUCACAACAUUGCCGAUUAUAUGACUUCCAAGAAUAACGUUCUAAUCAACUACAAAGAUAUGAACCACACAAAUUCAUUUGGUAUCAUUCGUGGUCUCCAAUUUGCGUCGUUUAUUGUCCAAUUCUAUGGUUUGGUUCUGGAUCUACUCAUGCUUGGUUUACGCCGUGCUUCUGAAAUCGCUGGACCACCACAAUGCCCGAAUGAGUUCCUCCAAUUCCAAGACGUCGCCACUGAGAUUGGUCAUCCGAUUCGUCUGUACUGCCGUUACAUUGAUCGAGUUUGGAUUAUGUUCCGUUUCAAUGCUGAUGAAGCUCGUGAUCUCAUUCAACGUUAUCUCACAGAACAUCCUGAUCCAAAUAAUGAGAACAUCGUUGGAUACAAUAAUAAGAAAUGCUGGCCGAGAGAUGCAAGAAUGCGAUUGAUGAAACAUGAUGUCAACUUGGGUAGAGCCGUUUUCUGGGAUAUCAAGAAUCGUCUUCCACGUUCAAUUACUACUGUCGAAUGGGAGAAUUCUUUCGUCUCUGUGUACAGUAAGGACAACCCGAACAUGCUGUUCGACAUGUCUGGUUUCGAGUGUCGUAUUCUUCCAAAAUGUCGUACUGCUAACGAAGAGUUUGUUCAUCGCGAUGGAGUAUGGAACCUUCAAAAUGAAGUCACGAAAGAGCGUACAGCUCAAUGCUUCUUGAAGGUUGACGAAGAGUCCCUAUCUAAGUUCCACAACAGAAUUCGACAAAUUUUAAUGUCAUCUGGAUCAACUACAUUCACGAAGAUCGUCAACAAAUGGAACACCGCUCUCAUCGGACUUAUGACAUACUUCAGAGAAGCUGUAGUGAACACCCAAGAACUUCUCGAUCUUUUAGUGAAAUGUGAAAACAAAAUUCAAACCAGAAUCAAGAUCGGACUUAACUCGAAAAUGCCUUCUCGAUUCCCACCAGUCGUUUUCUAUACACCGAAAGAAAUUGGAGGACUUGGAAUGCUUUCCAUGGGUCAUGUUCUUAUUCCACAGUCUGAUCUUCGUUGGAUGCAGCAAACAGAGGCUGGAGGUGUUACUCAUUUCCGAUCAGGAAUGAGCCAUGAUGAAGAUCAGCUGAUUCCAAACUUGUACAGAUACAUUCAGCCAUGGGAGGCUGAGUUUGUCGAUUCUGUUCGUGUUUGGGCGGAAUAUGCAUUGAAGAGACAAGAAGCGAACGCUCAGAACAGGCGCCUUACCUUGGAAGACCUCGACGACUCGUGGGAUCGUGGUAUUCCACGAAUUAACACUUUGUUCCAAAAAGAUCGGCAUACGCUAGCAUAUGACAAGGGAUGGCGUGUGAGAACUGAAUUCAAAGCUUACCAGAUCCUGAAGCAAAAUCCAUUCUGGUGGACUCAUCAAAGACAUGACGGAAAACUGUGGAACUUGAACAACUACAGAACAGAUAUGAUUCAAGCUCUUGGAGGAGUUGAAGGAAUCUUGGAGCACACGCUUUUCAGGGGAACAUAUUUCCCAACUUGGGAAGGUUUGUUCUGGGAACGUGCUUCCGGAUUCGAAGAAUCUAUGAAGUUUAAGAAGCUGACAAAUGCUCAACGUUCUGGUCUCAAUCAAAUUCCGAAUCGUCGUUUCACUCUCUGGUGGUCACCGACUAUCAAUCGAGCCAACGUCUACGUCGGUUUCCAAGUACAACUCGAUCUUACUGGAAUUUUCAUGCACGGAAAAAUUCCGACGCUCAAAAUUUCGCUCAUUCAAAUUUUCCGUGCUCACUUGUGGCAGAAGAUUCACGAGUCUGUAGUCAUGGAUUUGUGUCAAGUGUUCGAUCAGGAAUUGGAUGCUCUCGAGAUUCAAACUGUACAAAAAGAAACAAUUCAUCCAAGAAAGUCUUACAAAAUGAACAGCUCCUGUGCCGAUGUUCUUCUUUUUGCCCAGUACAAAUGGAAUGUGUCAAGACCAUCGUUGAUGGCAGACAGCAAAGAUGUCAUGGACAACACGACUACACAAAAGUACUGGCUUGAUGUGCAACUUCGUUGGGGAGAUUAUGAUUCUCACGAUGUGGAACGUUACGCUCGUGCUAAGUUCCUCGAUUACACAACUGACAAUAUGUCCAUCUAUCCAUCCCCAACAGGAGUUCUCAUCGCAAUUGAUCUUGCUUACAACUUGUAUUCAGCCUAUGGUAAUUGGUUCCCUGGAAUGAAACCAUUGAUUCGACAGGCUAUGGCUAAAAUCAUCAAAGCGAAUCCAGCGUUCUAUGUGCUCCGUGAACGUAUUCGCAAGGGUCUUCAGCUGUACUCAUCUGAACCUACCGAGCCAUAUUUGACAAGUCAGAACUAUGGUGAAUUGUUCAGUAACCAAAUCAUCUGGUUCGUUGACGACACAAACGUAUAUCGUGUUACUAUUCACAAAACGUUCGAGGGUAAUUUGACGACUAAACCAAUCAACGGAGCUAUUUUCAUUUUCAAUCCGAGAACUGGUCAGCUUUUCCUCAAAAUUAUUCAUACAUCUGUGUGGGCUGGUCAGAAGCGUUUGUCUCAAUUGGCCAAAUGGAAAACUGCUGAAGAAGUUGCUGCUCUGAUUCGCUCGCUCCCAGUCGAAGAACAACCCCGUCAAAUCAUUGUCACCAGAAAAGCUAUGCUCGAUCCAUUAGAAGUCCAUCUUCUCGAUUUCCCGAAUAUUGUUAUCAAGGGAUCUGAGCUGAUGCUUCCAUUCCAAGCUAUUAUGAAGGUUGAAAAGUUCGGUGACUUGAUUCUCAAGGCUACUGAGCCACAGAUGGUACUUUUCAAUUUGUACGAUGACUGGCUCAAGACUAUCUCGUCGUACACGGCAUUCUCUCGCGUCGUAUUGAUAAUGCGAGGAAUGCACAUCAACCCAGACAAAACGAAGGUGAUUCUCAAACCUGACAAGACUACAAUCACUGAACCGCAUCACAUCUGGCCCACGCUGACUGACGAAGAUUGGAUCAAGGUGGAGUUGGCACUGAAGGAUAUGAUUUUGGCUGAUUACGGAAAGAAGAACAAUGUGAACGUUGCCUCCUUGACACAAUCUGAAGUGAGAGACAUCAUUCUCGGUAUGGAAAUUUCUGCUCCAAGUCAGCAACGUCAACAAAUCGCUGAUAUCGAGAAACAGACGAAGGAGCAAAGUCAAGUAACCGCCACAACGACACGUACUGUCAACAAGCACGGAGAUGAAAUCAUCACAGCUACAACAUCAAACUAUGAAACAGCUUCAUUUGCGAGUCGAACGGAAUGGAGAGUCCGUGCGAUCUCUUCUACCAACCUUCAUCUCCGAACUCAACACAUCUACGUCAACUCUGAUGAUGUCAAGGAUACAGGUUACACUUACAUCCUUCCAAAGAAUAUACUCAAAAAGUUCAUCACGAUCUCCGAUCUUCGUACCCAAAUUGCUGGUUUCAUGUACGGUGUUUCACCUCCUGAUAACCCGCAAGUCAAGGAAAUUCGUUGUAUUGUUCUCGUUCCGCAAACUGGAAGUCAUCAACAAGUUAAUCUUCCGACACAACUUCCGGAUCAUGAGCUGCUGCGUGAUUUCGAACCUCUCGGAUGGAUGCACACCCAGCCGAACGAGUUGCCUCAGUUGUCUCCACAAGAUGUCACAACACAUGCUAAGCUCCUCACCGAUAACAUCAGCUGGGAUGGGGAAAAGACUGUGAUGAUCACGUGUAGUUUCACUCCUGGAUCUGUUUCCCUGACUGCAUACAAACUGACACCAUCUGGAUACGAAUGGGGUAAAGCAAACACGGACAAAGGAAAUAAUCCAAAGGGAUAUAUGCCCACUCACUACGAGAAAGUACAAAUGCUUCUUUCUGAUCGUUUCCUUGGUUACUUCAUGGUUCCGUCUAAUGGUGUCUGGAAUUACAACUUCCAAGGACAGCGUUGGUCACCAGCUAUGAAGUUCGAUGUUUGCCUUUCAAAUCCAAAAGAAUAUUAUCAUGAAGAUCACCGACCUGUUCACUUCCACAACUUUAAGGCUUUCGAUGACCCGUUGGGAACAGGAUCCGCUGAUCGCGAAGAUGCAUUUGCAUAA